AUAUAUGUCUCUUAUAUGUAAUCUUAUAAUAUCGUUAAGCAUUUUUCGAAAUAACUUCUUUUUUUUUUAAAAAAAAGGUUUCCGAAAAUAAUUUUGUUAUUAAGAGAUUUAUUAGUAAUCGGGCGUAACUUUGCUUAAUAAUUCUAGGAAAACAUUUUACCCUUUUGAGAUUGAAAUUUGUUUAAAGAAUCAUUUAAAAGACGUCCCAAUUUUUUCUUGUUUUUGUUUCAAAGGAAAAAAUGGCAUCUUCAGAUAGAAUUGCAUUUAUAGGUUUAGGAGCCAUGGGUAUUCACAUGGCUACGAAUCUGCAAAAUUAUUUAAAAUCUCAAAAUAGAGAACCUCUUAUAGUUUAUAAUCGUACAAUCUCAAAAACGGAAUCACUUGUUAAAAUCGGAGCAAUCGCAGCUCAAUCUUUAAAACAAGUUGCGGAACAAGCUAAUAUUAUUUUUACCUCACUUUCAAAUGAUGAAGCAGUCAAUCAAGUUUAUAAUGAAUUAUUAGGAUCAUUAAAACCCAAUGAAGGAAAAAAUGUAAUUUUAAUUGAAACGAGCACUAUUUAUCCGGCAACAAUUGUUAAUAUAAAAGAAAAAGCUGAAAAAAUUCCAAAUGUUCACAUUCUUUGUUGUCCUGUAUGGGGUCCACCCAUUGGUGCAAAGAAUGCUCAAUUAAUUAUAAUUACUUCAGGUCAUCAACCUUCCAUUGAUCAUGUUAUGCCGUUAUUUAUACCUGUUUUGGGGAAAAAAUCAAUUACUGUUGGUGAAGAUGUGGCGAAAGCCGCAAAUUUUAAACUAGUUGGAAAUUUUUUCAUUAUAGGAGCAGUUGAAUUAUUAUCUGAAGGAAUGACUUUAUCUGAAAAGACUGGUAUUGGGAGGGAUAAAUUAAUGGAAUUUAUUGAUUUAUUGUUUCCAUUCGGACCUUUUCAGAAUUAUGGUAAAAAAAUGCAAAAAGAUACAUUUACUACUGAAGCUGGAUUUACAGUUACUAAUGCUUUGAAAGAUGUUGGCCAUAUGCGACGUCUUGCUGCGGAAUCCGAGUGUCCGCUUCCAGUUGCCGAUAUUUUUCAUCAACAUCUUAUUACCGUUAAGGCGAAUGGUGGAGAGAAUUAUGAUUAUUCAGGUGCUGUUGAAGCAUUGAGAAUAGCUGCAGGAUUAUCUUCUGUUAAUAAAUGAAUUAAUCUUAUCAUAUAAUAUUUUUUAUUUAUAUGCUAUUUUUUUUUUAUUCAUAUGCUUUUAAGUAUUAGCAGUAAAUAAAGGAAUUCCAAUUUAUGUUAAUUUGUCAAAUCUGGACAUUUAUUUGUAUUCGUUAAUUAAACGCAUCAGUUAUUUAUAUCACAUG